AUGACAGACGUCUACGGCCAAGAUGGUGCCCUGAAGGUCACUCUGCACGUGCUGAAGAAGAUGAAUCACAAUCAGCUUGCAGACAAGCUAGAAGGAGAGCUGCAGAAGAGGUUGCCUCUCAACAGGGUCUCAAGACAAGACAACGGCGAAGGCUUUGAAACUCCCAUCCGACGGCACGUCAGUCAACAGCUUAAGGCUGACCUGAAGAAUAAAUAUGCAAACCUCCUUGAAGGCCCUGAGGAGACUAAGGUCCUGCUGGAUGAGGUCUACACAGAGCUCCAUGUCACAGAGGGAGUGAGUGAAGAGGUGAACACUCAACAUGAAGUUCAGCAGAUUCAAGUGCAGAACAAAGGCAAUGCAGGAGGAGACAUUGUAAUCAAGUGUGAGAACAUUAUGAACUCUUUACCAGGGAAAAAAAUCAGAACAGUGAUGACCAUUGGCAUUGCUGGCAUUGGGAAAUCUGUGUCUGUACAGAAGUUCUGUCUAGACUGGGCAGAUGGAAGGACCAAUCAGGACAUAGACUUCAUCUUUGUGCUUCCUUUCCGUGAACUGAACUUACUUGACUCAGAGCAGUACAGUCUCCCCACACUAUUGUUGUCUUUCUAUCCUGAGCUGGCUGAGUUGAAUGAUGUGAAGAUGUAUGGCAACUCAAAGAGUCUGUUUAUCUUCGAUGGUCUAGAUGAGAGCAAACUAGAGCUCAACUUCUCAUCUACUCAAAAGCUGCAUCAUUUGACACAGACAUCAUCUUUGGGGAUGCUGCUAACAAAUCUCAUUCAAGGGCAUCUACUCCGGUCAUCUCUCAUCUGGAUCACUUCAAGACCUGCAGCAGCCAGACAGAUCCCUUCUCGUUACUUAGACAAGUGGACAGAAAUACGUGGAUUUAAUGACACCCAAAAGGAUGAGUACUUCAGCAAGAGAAUUCUGAACAGUCAGACUGACAAGAUCAUUUCACAAAUCAAGACAAGAUGCAGCUUCUACAUCAUGUGUCAAAUACCAGUCUUCUGUUGGAUCCUUGCCUGUGUGCUUCAAGACAUGCUGACUCCCAAUUCUAAAAUGGAAAUACCAACAACCAUGACCGAACUCUUCAUCCACUUCCUACUCAUCCAAACUAACAGGAAGAACCAGAGGUGUUUUGGUCAAAGUGAGACAAAUAGACUCGAGCUCCUGAAGAGACAUAAAGAACAUAUACUGAGCUUGUCUGAACUGGCUUUUAAACAACUGCAAAAGGGGAACAUCUUGUUUAGCCAAAAGGAUCUUGAAGAAAGUGGCAUUGACAACCAUGUCAUUGAAGAACACUCUGAAAUGUGCACACAGAUCUUCAAGAAAGACCGUACUUUCUACAAAACAACAUUCUAUUGCUUUGUUCAUCUGAGUGUUCAAGAGUUUCUGGCAGCUCUCCAUGUGUUCAAUAGUUUUGUGAACUAUGACUAUGAAAAGGGCUCCAGCACCUUAGAGCAAAUGUGUGUCCUCUCUGACCAAGUUCAAACAACCAGUUCCCAACCAAAGGACACGAUGAAGAGCACAAGCACAUCAAUCUUCAUGAAGUCAUGGAGAAGUCUUAAGUGUUUUUUUAAGCCCAGAGUUCCUCACAAAGACAACAUGUUCGGAGGAGAGGAGAGGCCCGAAGACUCCCACAAAGAGACGUUCUGCAGAGACGAGAUGCCAUUGUAUGUUCUGUUCAACGGAGCAGUGGACACUUCAUUACAGUUUGACAACGGGCACUAUGAUCUUUUCCUACGCUUCCUUCUGGGAAUAGCACUGGAGUCCAAUCAGGAGUUACUGGGAGGCUUACUCCCACAGAUACAGGACAGUUCAGCAAGUCUCCAGACAACCACCAAGUACAUCAAGGACAUUCUUAGUGCCGGCGGCCAUUCAGUUGAGAGAUGUCUGAAUCUGUUCCUCUGUCUACUUGAAAUGAAAAACAACUCGCUGUCUGAGGAAAUUGAACGGUACGUAAUAUCUGGGAAAGAACUCACACCAGCCCAGUGUUCAUUACAGGCAUACAUACUUCUGAUGUCAGAACAAGUGCUGGAUGACUUCAAUCUGACGAAGUACAGGACGUCCCCGGAUGGCCGCAAAAGAUUGCUCAUCGUGCUGAGAGGCUGUAGGAAGGCUCAACUGAAUGGCUGUGGUCUCAGUGAACACUCCUGUGGGAUUAUAUCCGCUAAUCUCCAGUGUGAGAGUGCACGCCUGCGAGAGUUGGACCUGAGCUCUAAUCCCCUGUGUGAUGCUGGAGUGCAGCGGCUGUCUGCUGGACUGAAGCACACACACUGUACACUGGACAUACUGAGACUGGCUGGCUGUGGUCUCAGUGGAGAUUCCUGUAGGACUCUCUCAUCAGUUCUCCAGUCAGAACACUCACAGAUGAGAGAGUUGGACCUGAGCUCUAAUCCUCUGAAGGAUUCUGGAGUGGAGCUGCUGUCUGCUGGACUGAAGCACACUAACUGCAGACUGGACACACUGAGACUUGCUGGCUGUGAACUCACAAGUAGUAGUUGCCAAAGGUUGGCCUCAGUUCUCCAGUCAGUCAACUCCCACCUGAAGAAGCUGGAUCUGACCAACAACGACUUGACUGAUUCUGGAGUGGAGGAGCUGUGUCUUGCUCUGGGACAUCAGAGCUGUGAACUGGAGAUGUUGAGGCUCUCUGGGUGUCUGAUCUCACAGACAGGAUGUGAGUUUAUAGUCUCAGCUCUGACAUCAAACCCUAACCCCCACCUCACUGAACUCGACCUGAGCUACAAUCACCCUGGAGACACAGGGCUCCAGAUGCUGACAGUGCUGACUGAGGGACAUGUGAAAAUAAAAGUCAAUGCUAAGAACAGUUCUGAAGGUAUGAUGAAGAGAGGACUGAAAAAAUAUGCCUGUGAGCUCACUCUGGACCCAAACACAGCACACGGACAUGUCCUCCUGUCUGAGGGGAACAGGAAAGGGACGUUCGAGAGUGAGAAGCAGCCGUAUCCUGACCACCCAGGCAGAUUUACAGUCUAUCCCCAGGUGAUGAGCACAGAGCCUCUGACUGGACGCUGCUACUGGGAGUGUGAGUGGAGUGGGGGAACAGGGGAAUGGGCCAACGUGGGCGUGGCCUAUGAAAGUGUCAACAGGAAGGGAGACUGGGACGACUGUGGACUGGGAUUCAACCACAAGUCCUGGUGUCUGAAGUGUGGAGAUGGUGUCCUUUUCUGGCACAAUAAAAUCCAAACGGAUAUUCCUGCACCCCCCUCAGGCAUCAGGAGAGUAGGAGUGUAUGUGGACCGUGAGGCCGGCACUCUGUCCUUCUACAGCGUCUCCUCACAGACUCUCACACACCUGCACACGUUCUACACCACGUUCACUGAGGAGCCCCUCUACGCAGCGCUUGGGCUCUGGCCUGGCUGUCCUGUAGCCCUGUGCCAUAUCAUAUGAGCUUGUGUGUCCUGCAGCAUCA